AGUCUCGCGGGCUCCGUAGUGAGGGGCGGAAGUGACGUUUCGAGUUGGGGUCCCGGAUGGAAUUGCUCGCUCCCUGAGGCACCGUCGCUGGGCCGGCCGCAUCCACGUUCCUCUGUUGCCCUCUCAUCUCCUCUGGCCUGAGGCUCUGAGUUCUACUCUCCUUUUCUCCCCCAGCUGUGCUCUGACCACUUUUACAAGAUGAGCACCACCAGUGUGGAUGAUGCUAAACCAGAUGUUAAACAAGAAUCUGAGAAAAAGAUAUUUUAUUGCGAGGUUUGUAAAGUUCCAUGUAUGAGUUCUAUAAGCCUUCAGUCACACUUCCGUGGAGCAAAACAUAAAAAGAAAGAGAGAGCCAUGAAUGCUUAUAGUGCUCCCGCUCCAGUGAUAUAUGAAACACAGAGACCAGUUAAGCGGAAGCUUACAAAGGACAUAACCUGUCUGAAAGAUUUUAUGAAAGAUCCCAAAAGAGAGGAACCUCUAGUUGGUUUAGAACAUGUGGUUGAAAUCAGAUUUGAAGGGAGGAGAGAGCCACAUUAUGAAUGCAAACUGUGUGAAUUUAACACGGAGAUGGCACCUAUGAUAGAACAUCUCAGUGGCUAUAAACACAGAAGAGCAUAUAUUUCUAAAGAAUUUCCGGAUAAAAUGAAGAAAAACACACCAGGCGUGAAAGAGGACAAAGUCUCAUUUCUCAGACGGAUAGCAAGAGAGAUAGAAAAGGCUGAAGGUUUAAAAAUGUAUAAGACUGAAGGUUAUACAAGACCCAGUAUAUCUUCCUCAUCAUCAAAGAAAAAAUCAAGGUGGGAAGAUGAUUACAAGCCUGAGAAUGAUCCAGUUCGAAAGCAGAAAGCUCUAGAAUACUUGGAAACUUUUCAGGUCACCUCAGACACAGAAGCAACUCUGGUAGUUAGUAUUACACAAGAUCUGACAGAAGCUUUGAAGACCUUUUGUAAAAAGAAAGCAGCUGUCAAUUAUGCUAGCAGCCUGAGGCCACUGAUGUCAAUAUCUCAAGAUGAGCUUUCAGCAGGAAGAAACAUCCAGAAACCAUACAAGUCUUUUGAAAAUUACAAAGGCAAUUCAGGAAAUACUAAGUGGAAUCAAGAUUUUUCAUCUCAAAGACAUGAACAGGCACAAUUUACAUCACAAUUGGAUGCAAACACUUCAUUCACCACUGCCAGUUCAUACAGUUACCAAACAAGUGAUGGAUCAUCCUCAUAUGGACUAAGACCUAAUGAUUCUGCAACAAUGGCUGCACUCAGUAAUUCAUUUGCCCUUCAGACGGGAGGCUUUGCUACUGGAAUCAAUGAAUGGCUGAAGCAAUUCAAUCAAUCUGCUUCUGUAUCCUCCCAGUCCACUUCAGUUGGAAGCACCGCUCCCUACUUCAGAUAUUCAGGGAGUGGGUAUUCAACAGAAUACAAGUCUAAUAGUGCCCAAGGAAACAAAACUACAGCACCUGAUAACAGAAUGGCUUAUGGUGGUGGAGGUACAAAUUGGAAGAGUCAGAGAGCAUUUACAAAUACAAGGAAUUUACCUGACCAGAGAUCAUCCUAUUCUGCUUCCUCUGCUACAUAUCCUUCAUCUGGAGGAUAUUCAACAAACUAUCCUUUACAAGGCUGUUCAUCUUACUACAGGGGUGGGUCUUCAAAUUCCACUUCUUCAUCAAGAGGUGGUUCUAGUUGGUCAGAAGAAUCGAGAUAUCAGAAAUCAGAUUUCAAGACUGAUUCGGCCUCAUUUCAUUCCUCCUCUUCUGUCCACAAUUCAUACAGAGAUUACCAACAACAAAACAGAGAGUCAGAUAAGAUGUUUGAUGAAGAUGCCAGUGGUCUUACUCCCAACAUUCUGCAUAGACUUCAAGGAAAGGAUGUACCUACAAUGACCAGAAUGCUCCAGCAGCUGACUCCAUAUUAUCCAGCACUUCAAAAAAUCAAUAUUGAAACAUUAGUCAAAGCAUUAAUUGAAACUAGAGAAAUAAAUUAAGAUGAUAAAACAGCUGAAUUGGAACUGAUGAACAGAACACUGAAGAAUCUUCACUUCAAGUUUUUAGGAAACAAACUCAACAAUUUAAUUUUGGAUGUGGUUUCUUUUGUUUUGUUUUUGUUUUUUGUGGAAGGGGAUAGGGUUUAUGUUUUUAGUACAGUAAAAAUAUAGUUGGAGCACAAAUUAUUUUCAUGGAGAUGAAUAUGCUGUUCACGUAUUUUUAUGCAUUUGUUAAAUAUUUUUAGUAGAUUGCACUGGAAACUCUUGGUUUUUGAGGGGCUGGUUAAUAUUAAUCACCUUUUUCCAAAAAAGUUUUUGUAUGUUGUAAUCCAUUUAGGAAGAAUAUUCACUGAAAAUAGUUCCAUUGCAUGAAAAAUACAGAAAUGCAUUGCUUCACAUAUAAACCAAUGGCCAGUUCUUCUAAUUUUAGACUUUAUAAUGAGUUAGGAUACUUUUUAGAAGUGACUAUACUGAAUUUCUUUUUGGAACACAUUAAAAUGAUGGUCCCUAAACAAAAUGUUUCUCCUCCUGUGGACUCAAAAUGUGCUCUUAAAUAAGAAAAUGCGAACACUUGUUAGUGGAAAAACUUAACCAAUUUUAUUUUUAAAUUGUAAAAAUGCACACAAAUAUGGAAAUACAACCAGAAUUCUAUUGUAUAGAAUAGCAUUCUGCAUUUUCAAUGUUUAUUUGUAAAAUAAUAAUUAUUAUUAUUAAUAAUAAUAAUUGGGGCAUUUUGCAGUGUUGAUUUUCCAAACAGUAAAACCAGGAUGAAAUUGGGUUAAAAUUUAAAAAAUAGAAAAAUUGGGGGGGGG